AUGUCACAAGAAGUUUGGCGAUCUAAAACUGAAAGUCUUAGUUCAUUAGAUCGUUUAGCUAGAAAUACAUUAACAAUGGAUUUACCAGAAGCAAGAAAUUGUCGUGAAGCACGUGAACAAAGUCGUAAAGAAAUGCAUGUAUUAAAUGAGAAAUUAGCAUCACAACUUGAAAAGAUGCGUAUUUUAUCGGAACAAAAUAAAAAAUUAAUGAAUGAUAAUGGAUCAAUAAAUCGUUUAUCUAAAGAAACUGAAAAAAUUCGUUCAAUGUAUAAUACAGAAUUAAAACAAUUAAGACAUUUAGUUGAUGAAUGUGAACGUGAAAAAGCGGAUAGUUUAGCUAAAAUAGCACAUUUACAACAAACUAUAAGAAAUAAACAAGAUCAAAUUAAUCAAUUAAAUCAAAAUAAUCAACGUUUAGCAAAACAACUUGAUGAUGCUUUAAAAGAAUCUAGUAUUAAAGAUGCUGAUAAACUUCAAUUAGAACGUCAUAUUAAACAAGCCGAAGAAGAAGUACAUCGAUGGCGUACAACAGCUGAACAACAAAAACAAGCUAAUAGUCAAUUACAUAAAAACUUAGAUGAAGAAACAGCUAGUCGUAUGACAUGUCAAUCAGAAAUGCAAACAUUAAAAGAAGAAAUGGAAUUUUAUCGUCGUGUACAUCAACAAGAAAUUGAAGAAUUACGUUCAAUGAAUAAUAAUGUUAAUGAUGAUCAAGAUGUUGAACAUUGGCGUCAAUUAAUGCAAAAAACAAUUCGUGAUAUUAAAUUAGAAUAUGAUAAUAGAUUAGAUCGUAUUCGUGAAGAGAUGGAACAAAGUUAUUUAACAAGAUUGGAUGAAUUAAAUAGACAAGAUUCAUCACAACGUAAUGAAUUUAAUAGAUUACAAGAAGAAAAUUCAAAACUUAAAAGUGCUUUAGAAGGUACACGUGGUCGUGAUGAUCAAUUACGUGCAAGAUGUGAUCAAUUAGAACGUUCUUUAAAUGAAUCCGUUGAAGAAUCAAGAAAUUUACGUAAUCAAUUAAAUAAACUAAUCACUGAAUCAGAACAUGAAAAACAAUCAGCUGAAGAAGCAUUAACAAGACUUCAUAAAGAAUUAUCUUCAUUAACUGAUGCAAAAUUAAAUUUAGAAGCUGAAAUAGCUGCAUAUAGUCGAUUAUUAGAAGCACAAGAUUCUUUAAUAUCAAAUACAAAAUCUCAUACAAAUGAUAAACAAAAUCCACAUCAAUCACAUCAUUCAAAUCGAUCAGGAUCAGGAAAUUAUCGUCCACGUAAUGAAUUAAAUAUACAUGUACCAUCUUAUACAACAGGAUCAUCACAACAUCAAAAACAAUCUCAUAAUAAUGUUUCUGGAAGAUGGGUAGAAAGAGAAGAACCUAGCGGUCAAUCAACUAGAUCACAUAAUUUUGUUGAACGAUCUAUUGAAGGUAAUCAUCAUUUAUCUUGUAGUUACUCUGAUCUUGAUAAACAACAAAAUUCAAUGAGUCAUAGUGAAACAUUUACUCGUGGACAUUUAGUUAUUAAUGAUUGUGCAAAGAAUGGAUCUUAUAUUGAAAUAUUAAAUAAAGGAAAUACAGAAGAAUCACUAUUCGGUUGGUGUCUUAUUCGGAAUAUUGACCAAGGAAGGCAAAUAAUUCGAUAUACAUUUCCUAAUCAUACUUUAUCACCUCAUUCAACUGUUAAAAUAUGGGCAGGUAAACCAACUACACGUAAUUCUAAUAUAAAUGAUAUUGAAGCACCAUAUUCAACUUGGGGUACUGGUUCAUAUAUACAAACAAGUCUUUAUAAUCCAGAUGGUUUAGAAAAAGCUACUCAUAUUCAAAAAUUACAAUGA